CACAUGUGAGUAACCGCCAUUUCCGCUAUGUAACCACGCCCCUCUAUUGCGUCAUGGAGUGCGAGGCAGCCGCUUUCCUGAUAACUAGCUCACACACACCGCCGCAAACUCACACACAGUGAAAGAGGAACACCGAGCGUUAGAGGGAAGCUGCCAGAUUAGUGCUAGUAAUAUUAAAAGUUACUUCCACCGCAAUAGUUUAAGAGACACAUACCUGUGCUUUGAGGAUCAUUCCCAGGGUAACUAAUGGCUGAGAAGAUGGACAUGGAGGAAGGAAAGGCGUCCAACGGCCUCGACGAGCAGCUGGGCAACGGAACCAACGGAACCAACGGAACCGGUAGUCCUAGCAACAAGAGCAGCCCGGAGCCGUUGGCCCGGCGGGUGAAGCGGAUAGUGAUGGCCAACCUGCUGGUGAUCCUCACCGUGGCCGGGGUCCUCGUCGGCGUCUUCAUCGGUCUCGGAGUGCGCAACGUGGCGCUCAGCCGGACCCAGAUCAUCUACAUCGGCUUCCCAGGAGAGCUGCUCAUCCGGCUGCUGAAGAUGAUCAUCAUCCCGCUGGUGGUGUGCAGUCUGGUGUCCGGCUCGGCCAGUCUGGACCCGAAAGCUCUGGGUAAACUGGGCGGCUGGGCGAUGCUCUUCUUCCUGGUCACCACCUUGAUCGCGUCCUCCAUCGGGGUCGUGAUGGCUUUCAUCAUCACCCCUGGGUCCGGGUCUAUGGCCAAACCAAUGGUGCAAGGAUUGGAUGACGGGGUGCCUGCUGCUAAAGAAAUUAUAGACUCCUUCUUGGAUCUGAUCAGAAACAUCUUUCCCUCCAACCUGGUGUCCGCUGCCUUUCAAUCAUAUGCAACCAGCUACAAGCUGGUUACCAGGAACGGCACGGAUGGAAACCCAAAUAUCACAGUGGAAAAGGUGCCCAUUGGAACAGACCAGGACGGCAUGAAUAUUCUCGGUCUGGUCGUGUUUGCCAUUGUGUUUGGCAUUGCUUUGAGGAAGCUGGGAGAGGAAGGAGAGAUCCUCAUCAAGUUCUUCAACUCCUUCAACGAGGCCACCAUGGUGCUGGUCUCUUGGAUCAUGUGGUAUGCCCCUAUCGGUAUCAUGUUCCUCGUAGCUGGCAAGAUCGUUGAGAUGGAGAAUGUUGGCGCCCUAUUCGCCAGUCUGGGAAAAUAUAUAGCCUGCUGCAUGGUCGGACAUGCCAUUCACGGCCUCCUCGUGCUGCCCGCCAUUUACUUCAUCAUCACAAGGAAGAACCCAUACACCUUCCUCUGGGGGAUAUUUACAGCUCUGGCAACCGCCUUCGGAACAAGCUCCAGCUCCGCCACUCUGCCCCUGAUGAUGAAGUGCGUAGAGGAAAAUAACGGCGUCUCCAAGGGCAUCAGCCGUUUCAUCCUGCCCAUCGGAGCGACGGUGAACAUGGACGGAGCCGCUCUCUUCCAGUGUGUGGCUGCUGUUUUCAUCGCUCAGCUGAACAACUAUUCCCUUAACUUCAUCCAAGUCAUUACCAUCCUUGUGACAGCUACAGCAUCAAGUGUUGGAGCAGCAGGUAUACCUGCUGGUGGUGUGUUGACCCUAGCCAUCAUCCUGGAGGCAGUAGGACUGCCCACCAACGACAUCUCUCUCAUCCUGGCUGUUGACUGGCUUGUCGACCGUACCUGCACGGUGCUGAAUGUCGAGGGCGACGCCUUCGGAGCCGGGCUCUUGCAGCACUUUGUGGACCGCACGGCCAAACGAGAGGAGGGAGCAGAGCUGAGCGAGGUCAGGAUGGAAAGUGACCAACCCGCUCCCCCCGAGUACUCGCCGCUUAUUGGUGCUGCAGAAGCUGCUAAGAAGGCUAGUGAAAAAGAGUCCGUCAUGUAAAUCCAGCUGCUGACACCAUCCAUGACACACUCACUUAUUUGACACUCCUGCAAAAACCGAGACCUGAAGUUCAAAUCCCCCUUUUCCUUUUUUUCUGCCCUGAAGAAAAAAGAGAGGAUGGACACGCACACUACGAUGCCAUGACAAAACUCUCUGUUCUCAACACUAUUCUGGGCAGAAAGCAAAAAAGGUCAAGGGGGGAAACUAAAAAUCCAUAUUAUGCACAGUGACUUUUGUUUCCUCGUUGAGGGACAGUAUUGUACAUUAGUCUGGCUACUAAUGUUUCAUUUUGUCGCUCCUCGUCAAUUUUUAAGUCAGAAUUGUAUCAUGUGACCAAGUUGUAUAAACCAGAUUUUCACCAAUAUACUGUAUACAUCCAUUGGGAUGUCAAGAGGCUGGACCAGUAAGUGACCCUCUGCCAGAUGUUGGCAAUGGCAGAUGUAAUCUCUAUGAAUCUAUUCUGCAUUUACAUGUAGAAUCUGUAGGCAACUGGACAAGAUUUUGGCGUCGAAAGCGUUUAGGUUUGAAGUCCGAGUAGUAUUGAUCAAUCACGUUCGAGCAGGCUUUGGUUAAAAGCAGGUAAACAGUCCGCGUGGAGAGCAAAAGAGGCGGAACGCAUUGGGCAAAAUGCAGUCUGGGAACCCAACGGCUAUCGUCUGCCAAUGAGUUCCCCUUUUUAAUGUUUAAAAAUUAGGUUGUAAACUGGCUACUUGUGAAACAAUCCAGUCGUACAUGUCGUCUCUCAACUCCAGUCUCGUGUCUCAAGUUGCUAAUCGAACUGUAAACAAUGAGCAACGCACGAAAAGGAAGUCUUGGACAAGGAGGGUGAAAAGAGGAGAUGUCACGCGUCAUUUAGGCGUCGUAUCACAUGAGCAGUAAACUCUGGUCUGCACUCGCCGAAAUUCUGACCGAUAGACGAUGGGUUGAGAUUGUGUCAGAUGUAAUGUUACAAGAAGAAGACGUUACAUUAAAUUAUGAUGGAGAAAUUGAAGUAACGUGGAUGUAUUUACUUAUUGGCCCCUGUUACCAAUUUGUACACAACUGGUAUUUAUCACUUGGUCAAAUUUCUCUUUGAAAAUAUCCGACUUUCAAAGUUGACGAGGACCACCACACAGCUUGCUGUUAGCAAGACAAAGUUUUCAUAUUCUCCAUUUGGAAUCCAAUACCUUUUUUUUUUUUUUUUUAAAUGUUACUGUCACCUUUUUUUGUUUUUUUUUGUGUUCAACUGUCAAAUUUCAAUCUUCCCGUACAGUAAAAUGAUCAUAUUUGUUGUUAAAUGUAUAAACUUAUGCUGUUUGUGUAUUUUCUUAUACAUGAUUAUGGCCACUUUCGUGCAGAUUUUUAUUUUAACAUAUUCAAAAUACAUAUCUUGUAUUCUAAUUUAACUUUAUUCCAUACUCUGCAUGGAAAUGGCUGAUAAUCUGUAUAACAAAAGGCACACAACAUUUGUUCUUUUUAUAGUUUUUUGGGGGUGGGGUUGAAGACCUUUAUUAGUGUGUUAUCAUGUCCGUGGUUAAUCCAUGCCAAUGGUUCGAUGCCUUUCUCAUGGUGAGAAACAGCAAUAUAGCACACAAAAUGAAAUAAUAUCCUCAGUAGCACACAGAAGGAAAUGAUGUCAUCGAUAACGUCUCACAACUAAAAGAAGGAACUUUUCUCAAGGACUCAAAAUCCGUCAACAUGCGUGGACACAGAUCGACCUCAGAGCAUUCUCCCUCCUCUGAUUUGACAUCAGUGCGAUGGCGAGCAACACAACCUCAGGUUUAACUAUGUCUUGAAGACUGUCCUUAAUAUUCUGAGACCAAAAAUCGCACCGACUCAGCAAACAAGACCGUUUGAACUCCUGAUAACAUUGAAUGACAUUUCCAAGGAGAUUGUUUGUUUUUAUUAUAGCCUACCUUUUGCUCAUGCUGCUGUCCUGUGUAAGUACUAGCGUCUUAAACAAGGCACAAAUGGGAUUUAAAGCACAGUCUGGACAUUUGUUUGAUGUUGUAUAAAGUGUGGUGUGACUUCAUGUGAUGUGUAAGUAACUAACAAAAGUCCUUCCACUACAUGGAUAUCUCUACAUUGAUCAAACAGCAGCAGUGCAUGCUGCUUCAAAGGCCUGAAAACAUCAAGGUUUUAAGUGAAAGAUAGCAGGUCUCCACUUACAUAAUGUUUUGGCUGUGACGGCUAUAAACAAGAAAUACUAGUUAUGGUCUUUAGGCCUCCUUGUAUGUUAUUAAUAAUGCCUAAGAUGAUUAUUUGUUCAAUUCAUAUUUAUUUUCCUGAUCAAAAUCCAAAGAUAUUUUAGCCUAUGACAUGUUGGUAACUCCAAAUUUUAGUGUUUUUUUUUUUUGCCAGCUUUAAGUCUUCUUUUCAUAACUGGUUGGUGUUGGUGUUUUUUUUUAUGUUUACAUUAUAAACUUGUGGUGGGUGAGAGUCUAGACUGUGUGUGUACGAGGUGCUUCCAUUUGGUGAUUCUUUUGGGGUUUUCUUGUGCAGUUUGACAGAGGGCAUAAAGGAAACUUGAGACUUUGGAGACUGUGUGGUGUAGCAGUAAACGGUGUGAGUUGUAUUAGGUACUGUACUCUAUUUUCAAAUGCAACAUGCAUAUAUGCAAUAUAUAUGUGUGCAACAUUAACUACAGUUGCACUACUGAAUGUUUAUCUCCUCCAUCCAUAUCUCUGUCCCAUCUUGUCGGGGGUUUCUGUCACAACAAUGACCGGCUCACUGUUCAUCAUCCCUUACUUAAAGCACUACCAAAUGACCAGGAUAUAUGCUACCAAUGUUAUAUUCACACUUCCUGAAGUCUGCAUUGCUAUAUUACCAUAAUGGUCCUCUAUGAAAUCAUUGCAGGCCUGAGGCCUCAUCAUAACUACAGUCUUAUGUCAUCAGAGAAUGCUAAAAAUGUCAACCAUUGCCUCAAAACAACUAUUGUGCUUCAGUUUCUACUUCAUGCUUUCUUGAAAAUCUUUCACCAUAUUGGAUGUUUGUCUGGUUCGAGCGUAGGAUUUGUGUUGUGUAUGUGUGUAUGCACAUGGUAGUCAUUUUAUUACAGUGGGGCUAUGUUUUCCAAACACUCUCCCGAUUACAGUCUGGAUUUACUGUCUUUAGGGUUUAAACAAUAAAGGCCUUUUUUUUAUA